AUGAGUUUGAUUGUUUAUGGAGACACGAUCAGCGAUGAAACUACUCGGAGUGUGGUUUUACAAGAUCCCGGGUCUCGCUCACUUGUGGUAAUGAAUCCCGAAUCAGGGGAAAUAUCGCUACUCAGACAAAUUAGAGGUCCUCAAAGUGGUUACCGGUCCAAAAGAGCAACCAAUCUCAUUUCCUCGUACUUUUGUCCACAGUGUGGUAGCGAAAUAGGUACGGGAUUCGAAUUUACCUCUGCGAGGUCCAAAACUGGGUCCGACGCAGCUCCUUUUGUGCACAAAAAUUAUUUCAAGCUUCUUGAACAGAAUACCACAAAUCGCGUACAACAGCCUCGGCUCCAAGGCGUUCCGAUCAUUCCAUCAAACCUGUUUACUCCAGGAUACUAUCGUCGUUUCUUUCAGGAACUCUGCUUGUUGGGGAGCGGUGCACGCGGUUCGGUCUUUAAAGUCGAACAUAUUCUCAUGGAUAAUCAUCUAGGGGUCUACGCCCUCAAGAAAAUUCAUAUCGGUAACGAUUUGUCGUGGCUUGAACUCGGAAUGAAAGAAGUGAAAUUUCUAAGCGCACUGACCCACAGCAGCGUUAAUCUGAUCACCUACAAUCAUGUAUGGCUUGAAAUGGACAGUACAGGGGGAAUCGUGCGAGCUCGUAAUGGCAAAGACACAGGCGUCCCGGAGCAGAUUCCAUGCAUCUUCAUUUUACAGAAAUUUUGUCCUGGUGGCAAUUUGGAGGAGGUUGUUUUAAAGAGUGUGUUUGAACGCUUUACAGACCAUGAAUCCCCCGAAGAAAGGAAGAGGAGGUUCAAACUCAAGAAGGCAGAGAAAAUGAGCUCACCUAAACAACGAGGAUUGAAUACCCAGCAAAUCUUAUCGAUCAUCUCCGACAUUGCAUCAGGGCUCAAAGAGCUUCACGGCAUGAACAUCAUUCAUCGAGAUUUAAAACCAUCCAAUUGCCUGCUUUCCGAAAAGUUCGAUAUGGAGAAAGAGGUCUACGGAGAUAAAUGCUUCCCCACCGUGAUAAUAAGCGAUUUUGGGGAGAGUCAGAUUUGUGGUCAGCUGCGUUCCGCGACUGGGGCAACGGGGACUUUGGAAUUUACUGCCCCGGAGGUCAUAAUCAUGAACUCCGAGGAAAAGGGUUUAAAGCUGCCGCAGUUUACUUUCCAAUCUGACAUGUACUCGCUUGGAAUGGUGUGCUACUUUCUGGUGUUCGGAGAGCUCCCCUUCGCAAACCAGGAAAGCCUUUCAGAUCUCAAACGAGACAUCAUGUCUUUCACAAUUAACACGCACUUGCUUUUGGAAAGACAUAAGAAGCUUAACUUGAGGCCAGUAAACCCAGAAAUCUUUGAAAUGAUAGUUAAACUGCUCAAUGCCAACCCCGACACGAGACCCACCGCUCUAGAUGUUAAAUCAGAGAUAAGUAGAAUGAUGGCAAAGACCUCGGUGCCUGGAAUGCAACCUCUAGCCCAGCCGUCUGACGUAUUGGUAGAUGAAGAGCUCGACUCCGAAAGUGAAGAACUGGACAAGAUACCAUAUCGAAAGCUCCAAUUACGAAUCCUUAUCGGUCUCUUUUGGCACACUUGCAAUAUCACAGUCGCGGCUUUUGCCGCAUACCGGUACAAUCACAUUUCUUAUUUACCUUACGUGUGCUUUAUCCUCCUAGGCUUGUCUCUUAGAUCAGAAUGCCAAAUGCGCAAAUUCUAUCUCAUCGCGAUGCUGACUUCGCUAUUCCUUAUGUACCUUUCUACAAUGCAUCUGUCGAAGAUGCAAGAGUAUCAAUUCUUAUAA